GGAAUUGUCUCUUACCGGUUUUCAUUAACUUCUUUCAGUGACUACUAAAAAUUCUAUUCGAAAUCCUACAUAAGUUAUAAUACAAUAUUUCAUUAUAAAAUAAUGGCAGCCGGAUCCGACCAAUGGUGUUUGAUAGAAAGUGACCCUGGAGUUUUUACAGAAUUAAUUAAAGGCUUCGGCGUUGAAGGGGUACAAGUUGAAGAGAUUUAUAAUCUGGACGUUAGUGCCUUUGAAAGUAUCAAACCUGUUCAUGGCUUAAUAUUCCUGUUUAAAUGGCGCCAAGAAAAAGAAUUUGAUGGAACUCCAGUUCAAGACAGCCGUUUAGAUAACAUAUUUUUUGCUAAACAAGUUAUAAACAAUGCUUGUGCUACGCAAGCUUUGAUCAGUAUUCUAUUGAAUGCUUCCCAUCCUGAUGUAAAUAUUGGAUCAACUUUAUCAGAAUUUAAGGAAUUUGCCUCCGCUUUCGACCCAGCUACAAAAGGUCUCACACUUAAUAAUUCGGAUGUGAUUCGGAGAGUUCAUAACAGCUUCUCACGUCAGCAAAUGUUCGAGUUUGAUGAAAAAAUGUCUAAAAAGGAAGAGGACUCUUUUCAUUUCGUCAGUUACGUUCCAAUUGACGGUCGCUUGUAUGAAUUAGAUGGUUUAAAAGAUGCCCCUCUUGAUCAUGGACCUGUUGGUGAUGAUUGGUUAGCGGCAGCCAAACCUGUUAUAGAAAAGAGAAUUUUGCGCUACACAGAUGGCGAAAUUCAUUUCAGUCUUUUAGCUUUGGUCUCAGACAGACAAAUGUUAGCUGAGAAGAGAAUUGAAGAGAUUAGACGAGAAAUGGAGGUGGGAAUGGAAACAGAUGCUCUACAAGAUGAGUUGGUUAUACUCCAACAAAGAAUUGAAGAAGAAAAAUCUAAAAGAGAGAGAUAUCAGACGGAAAAUGUGAGAAGAAAGCAUAACUAUCUCCCAUUCAUUAUGGAAUUGCUGAAAAUUUUGGCGAAAGAAGGCAAACUUGUUGACUUAGUAACCCAGGCGAAAGAUAAACAAGCUGCCAAGAAGAAAACAGAAACAGUCAAGUAGCUAAUUCUUAAAUUUAUCGUUGUUAGAUUGUUCUGUAAUACACAACCAACGAGUAGCUAAUUUGUAAGAUGGUUUAUCUGAUCCAUCGUCAUAGGGAAUAUGCCAAAUACCAUUGUUAUAUUGAACCCUAGUGUCAAAGGAAUCUGGAUACUGAAAUAAUUUUUAAUUAUUAGUAAAAAAACCAAUAAAAACUUUCGACUAACCUUAAAUUUGAAAAAGGUUUUUCCAUAUUGAUUUUUUUUCAAACCUAAAAAUGGUACUUGAUUAGUUCUCUGCCAUAUCUUAAACUGUAUGAGAAAUAAUUGGAAAGAAUUAUAAAUAAUAAUAUGCUAAGCAUUAACAAGCAAUUAUUUGCCUUUAAUCCCAAUUCACCACCCAAUAAAUAUUUAUGAUCUCUUAGCUCAUCUAGUGUAACAAUUUGAGUUUGUCGACCGCUUGAUAAUGCAGCAUAGAGUGUCAUUUUAUCAUCUUCUGAUCUGAUGUGUCGAGAUACCAAAUUAAUUAACUUGAAAUUUUUGUAAUAAAUAAAUAAAUAUACUUGUUAUCAACGAA